UAGAUCCUCUAUCUCCCUCUCCCCCUGCUUCCUUCCUUCCUUCCAAAGCUUUCGACAGAAACGGUAGGAAAAAAAGAGAGAGAUGGCCAUCGGAGGAAAGGCAGUGCCCUUAAGCUUUGUGGCACAUGCCCUAGCGGUUGCAGGAGCGGUUAUGGUGCUGGUCUGGUGCAUCUACUUCCUGGGCGGCCUCGCCUGGGAAGCCACCAACAAGGCUCUCAUCUUCAACCUUCAUCCAGUUCUGAUGCUAAUUGGCUUAGUUAUCAUAGGAGGCCAAGCUAUCAUGAGUUAUAAAUCCCUUCCAUUGAGAAAAGAGGUGAAGAAGGUCAUACAUCUCGUCCUCCAUGCCAUCGCAUUGAUCCUCGGGAUCAUCGGUAUCUAUGCUGCCUUCAAAAACCAUAACGAGAGUGGUAUCGCCAAUCUAUACAGCCUCCACUCCUGGCUUGGAAUCGUCCUUAUCUCCCUCUAUGGCAUUCAGUGGAUAUACGGGUUUUUAGUAUUCUUCUACCCAGGAGGCACGCUUGGUCUGAGAAGUGCGUCGUUGCCAUGGCACGUACUGUUUGGGCUACUGGUGUAUGUGCUGGUAGUUGGUAACGCUGAGCUAGGGUUUUUAGAGAAGCUGACGUUCCUUGAGAGUUCGGGUCUGGCUAAGUAUGGGGCAGAGGCCUUGCUGGUGAACUUCACUGCUAUUGUUACCAUAUUGUAUGGUGUUUUUGUAGUGAUGACUGCUCUUUCUCAGCCGCCGCCGGAAGAGGACUACGGUUACUCGGCUAUAUAGGGUAGCUGGUGGUCGGAGAAAGUAUGAUGUACUGGUCUCUAUGAUUUGUAUUUGACAAUUUGUAACGUGGGAGUAAGAUUUGUGUAUGUGAUUAUUUUUAAUGGUAGCAAAAAAUGUAGUGAUUGGCCUGCUGCUUGGGGAAAACAGACUAUUAUGUUUAGCAUAAAAGCGAGUAAGGGCAUGUUUGGAAUAUUGGACUAGAAUGAAAAUGAGCAUCAUUUUCCUUCAUUA